CGUACUUGUGUGGUCAGAGCAAACCUGCCUUAACUUCCUCUCGAUUGUGGUUAAAAUGUCUCUGUUAGUUUGAAAGCUGUGAGGUAAGGUUUCAUUUCCAAUGUCAUGUGAAAGAAACAAGACAGAAUCAUGCUGAAGUAUUUUAAGACCCUGAAGAUCAUGUGCUUUCUUCUCUAUCUUUUCUUAUGGUGUCAAACUACAGAGUCUUUAACCAAUCAACUAACAGAUUUGGGUCAAAAUGUGACCAUAAACUGUUAUCUUGACAUAAAGGAGGUGACAUGGAUGUUGCUAAAUUUACCGGAUCCUCCAGUUCUGAUAUUACGCUCCUUCUUAAACCCACCAAAAGCAUUGUACUUCAACAAAACAUUCAAACAGAAAUUUUCAGUGACAUCUGCACAUCAUCUGUUUAUACAUAACAUUACUAUUAACGAGUUAGGAGUUUAUUACUGUAUGAACUUGGACACAACUUCACAUCUCAGCAGCGGCACCAGACUAUACACCACUGCUCCAACUCAAGUAACUAUGUUUACUGAGUGUCAAAAUCACACCAUAGUGCAGUACAUACAGCAGAAUCAGACACCAUGGAAAACAUUCACUCUCAUAUUAGGUCUGCUGAAUGUUGUUUUGGUCAUUGUGGUUAUUGGACUAUUAACAGUGUGUGCUGCUGGACAUAAAAUAUCCAGAAGACGAUCACCAGAAGAUCAUACCACUGAUCUUCAGCAAACACAAGUACAACCUCAAGAAUCAAAUCAACCACAAUACACUGAGGUGGAUUCUUCAAAUCUUAAAACAUUCAGACCCAGCCAAGUCGACUGCACUUAUGCUGUUCUACAGCUGCCAAAAUAAUAAAUACAAGUUUGAUGCACAUCAUACAGCUUUAUUUCUCAUUUUAUACCUUUAUAAAUGUAAUGUAUAAUCUCACCUUGAACUAUAAAUUUCUCUGCAGAUUUAGCUAUCCAGUAGAACUAUACAUAUCUUACGUCUUAUAGAUUUAGCAUGCUUAAUAUCUGAAAUGUAUUUUAGUCUUAAUGUAAUAUUAACAUCUACUGCUGUAAUCUGUAUUGUGCAUUUAAAGGCUUAUUUGAUUUAUGCGUAAAUGUUUCUUUAUGGCCAUUUUAAAUACAACAACAGGACUUCAAAGCUACAAAGCAUGUGCGUUAGCACCUAGACCAAAUGUGCAUAUUAGGAGAACAAGUAGCAGUGUAACAUAUUGCAAAUGCCAAACACCAGCAACUACACACCUGUUACAGUAAAAAACUAUUCAAAGUUGUAAAUAAAACAGAUUAUUGGUGUGUAUAUAUUAUUCAGUCAUUCUAUUUCAAAAUAAGUUUGAUUCAGUGUGUUGCUUGUAGUUUCUUUGUAAAAUGUACUAAAUUCUGAGUGAAAAUGGUUUCUGUACCAUUUUUGUUUAUAAAAUGAUUAAUAGUUACAUUUACUUAAUAAUUACAUGUCUAACCUUUAUGACCUUUUCAUAAUGCAAAGUCUAAUCGAGUCACACUACAUUAGAACAUCACAGUUUAGCUUGUCUGUGGUUUUACACCUGUUUUAAGAAUGACAGCUCAUACAAAGUGUUAAUGUUCCACUCAUCUUAUGUGUUACAAGCAACCAGCCACAAAUAAGUCUCAUCUCUUUUUUUAUUAUUAUUAUUUGUUUUUAUAUAACAGUUAAAACACACAGCUUCUCAGAGAACUUUCUUGGCAUGUUGAUGGAUUCUUGUGUUGACCGUCAAUCCAAACUAAGGGUAUAAUACCAAUAAAAAGUUAGUUUGGGGUAUCUACGUUUUUGCUAUGAUCAUUCGAGCUGUAAAAAGAAAUGAAAUGUGAGCAUACGAACAAUAAACCACAAACUCUCACCUAC